UCAUUGUACUAGCUACCCUUCAACGAACAGCAGCUGAGACCCUCUCAUGGUUCCAGCCCCGCUCACACAUCCCGUUCACCCUCACAUUCUCACCGAUAAUGUGACCUUUCGCGCCGCUCCUAUACUGUCUCUUGGCCUUUCCUUUCGUUGUAUACACAGCUUCUCCGCCGGACAAGCUCACACUCCUCGUGCCACCUAGCCAAGUGCAAGUGAACUCAACCGUGUGCUUCGGGUGGGCAGAGCCCGUAGACGAGACGCGAUACUACGGUACGUCGCGUGCUUCCCAGCGCCGUUGCGACUCAUGACACCCGUGCUGCCCAGGGUUCAUCGAGGCCGUGAACAUCAGUAUGCUUGCACCGAAUGGGACAAACGUCGGGAGGGUCGGGGUGAACACCGAUAACAACACCGGGCUCGGGUCGUGUGGUUCCUACCCUGGCACAGGCUACUCUGGCUGUGCCAUCGCUCAUGACACCGGCACGUACACCGUCGUGUGGAACUUCAUGUACACAAUAUCUUCCAACCCGGUGCAGGCAAAUGAGUCGUACUGCGGUCCCGCACCGUUCUCGACACAGACUUUUUUGCUGAACCGGACGUUUGAAGCGAGGGUGGUCCAGGGUGAUGCUACUUCGUUCACGAACACGGAGUUCACGACGACUACGACAUUGCCGACGAAGCCGACGGGGAACUUAAAGGUGGCUGGAGCGUCUGCUAUGCACCUACCAGUGGUAGGUUGGAUGGGCACGACAGCUGUUGCAGUUGGGAUGAUGUUGACGAUAUGAAUAUUCGAAUGGCUCAGGUCAUGAAGUACAGACUACGAACGAGUAUGCGCUCACACAUAUGAAAUGCUAUAUGAUAUCCGAGGAUGCCAUGCAACAUCUGGAGAGGGUGCUGUCAGGUCUGCUGAGCAUGUUCUGGUGAAGUAUCCAUCACGGCGACUUUGGAAAGACCCAUUUCUGGAUCCAGCGAACGGGUUCAAGU